AUGUGCGAUUUCCCAAACUUAGAAUGCCGGUAUCUCCUUAUUUUUGAAUCUUCAGUAUGUAUAAAUACCGGCCUUCUUCAUGGCAGUACACUUCAGAAAGUUAUCACAGUUUACAGCCUUUUAGAAACCAAUCUUUGCUGUUUCAACAUGCCUUCCAUGUUCCUUGCCGUGAGAAACAUCAAGCCGGAACACCAGCAAAGGGCAAUACGAGGAGACUACAUUCAUGCGAGUAUCAUCAAGAAAGACAUUGUCAAGUAUAAAGAUAUAAUCAAGGAAGGGAAAAUUUAUGAAAUAAAGAACUUCAUGGCCUCUACAAACUACUAUGUGUACAAGAUUACAGAGCAUGGUUUCCUGCUGAAAUUUAACUACAGAACACAAGUCAAGGAAAUACAUUCUACUGGCUUUCCUUGCAAAAUGUUUAGAUUAAAGAGUUUUGUGGCUUUGAAAGAUCCUGAGGAUGUCAAUGACAAGGAGCUGAUUGAUGUUAUUGGAAGGGUAACUGAGAUUUACAAUCCUGUUGACAAGAUUGUGGGGGGAAAGGCUACCAAACUAAUAGACUUCCAACUUGAAGACAAUGCUGAUAACACCAUCAUGUGUACACUGUGGAAUGAACAUGUUUCUUCCCUGAUGCCUUUUUACAAUAGUGAUUCUAAAGAACCACUGAUUGUUGUAAUUCAAUGCUGUAGGGCCAAAGUUGUGGGUGGUGAAGUGAGAAUAACCAGUUCCUAUGAUGCUACGAAGCUGUGGUUUAAUGAGGAUUGGGAAGAGUUUAAAGAGUUUAGGUCAAACAUGAAAGCUCAGGGUACUCCAAUGCGGAGUCUCAGUACUGGCACACUGCAUUCCAACUCUAUAGGCAUUAGUGAUUUUCAUAAUGCUUCUGUUAUUGUGACUAACUGCCAUGACAUUAAGAAGGUGAAAGAGGAUGGGGACUAUUAUGUUGCUGCUGAGAUUCUCGGGUUAGAUUUUGAGGAUGGUUGGUACUACUUAUCAUGCCUGAAACUUGGAUGUAAUAAGAAGCUUAAAGAACAGGAAGGGACACUUUUCUGUACUAAGUGUAAGAAGAAUUGUAUGAUGGGUCAAGUUAGGUACAAAGUUGUUGUUAUUGCUCUUGACAAGUUUGGAGAUGCUCCAAUGUUGCUUUGGGAUAGGGAAGUUACAGAGCUUGUGGGUAUUCCUGCCUCUAUUUUGUAUGCAAAAUACAAGGAGCUUGAUGUUGAAGUGCCCCCUGAAUUGGAUGCUAUAGUUGGUAUGAAGAUGCUGUUUAAGAUCAACUUCAAACUUGCCCAAAAGAUGGGUCCCAAUUACCCAUUCAAUGUUGUUAGGGUUGUAAGGGAUGAGCACUUGCUUAAGACGUAUGCUGACAGACUUGUGGAGCAUGAAGAGCAAGACUUAAUGUCAAGGAUGAUUGAUGAGGAAACUAACACUGAUGCAGUUUCUGGAGAAGAUUCGAUUGGGGUUGAAGUGAACAGUCCUGCGACUGUCGAGCCCUCGCAAAAGGAAGGAGAAGACAAUGCAGAAAAUGUUGGUGCUAUUAAAAGGUCACUUUUGGAUGAGUUUUCAUCAUCCAAAAGUAGGAAGAAGUUGAAUGACUCAGAAAUCAAAAAGGAAAAAAUGUUUUUCAGAAAAAGGAUGAAAGGUGUCCAAGUUGCAGCAAAGAUGUUAGGGUUUAGGGUUUUAGAAGGCAAACAGGAUGGAAAUACUUUGCAAACAUGCUAG